AGAGGACACCUUUCUUAAAUAAUAUCUUAAACCUGCUUAACUUCUAUGCAAACAUUAAACAACUAAGAAUGCAUAUUUCAUCCUACAUAUUAAUACUAAUUUUCUCUCUCUUUUCUCAAGGUUUUUUACUUUCAGUUUCGAAGUCUAUUAGAAAGGUAGAAGAUGAUGAUAUGAUACUAAAUGCAUUCAAUAUAGGAAAAGCUCUUUGGAAUGACGGUAAAACAGAGAAGACAGAGACUAUACCUACUCUUGAGCACUACAGGAUGGAGGACAGCAGCUUUCUGGAUGAAGAGGAAGACAGAAACCCAAAAUUCUUAAAUAUAGGUUCCAAACACAAUUUCAUAAGCCAUGGUUUGCCACUGAACCUAGGUAUAAAACAGCUACCUUAUCUUGCAUUGAAAGGAUCUAUGGCUUUUCCAGCUGACACUGAAAUUCAGAAUAUUGAAUCAAUACAGAAAAGGAGAGAGAUCGGGGAUGAAGAAAACUCAGCUAAAUUUCCUAUAGGAAGGAGAGAUUUUGACAUGCUCAGGUGUAUGUUGGGAAGAGUCUAUCGACCUUGUUGGCAAGUUUGAAAACUGUUGGCCUCUUCUCUGAAGAAGUAUUGGUUGCCAAUUUAAUGAAACUUGAAGUUACAGUGCUUUUGGUAUUGCUAUUUAUUUACA